UCUCCUUCUCAGGCUGCGGGAAGGAGCCGCCCGGCCGCUUGGCGCUCCUGCUCCGUUCUCCCACCGCCACGACCACCACUAGGCUGGAUUACCGCAGGCAGAGGCGGUGCCGCCUCGCUUAGCUGCCUGGGGACUGGCGAGCCCACCGCCCCUUAGCAGAACGCGCACCUCGACCCUCCCGGCGAGCAGAUCUCGCUGCCAAGAAGGGGUCGCCGCGCCCCUCCUUCCGCGACGGGCGAGCCGAUCGCGAGGUUAAGAGGGCAGGAGGGAGGGAUGAAGUUGGGCAGAAAGUCGCCUCCUCCUCCUCGUUCACCAGCGCUUUCCCUUCUUUCCCCGCGCAACAGCCCGGCACCCGUCGCUCCGCGGUGAGCCCUUCCUUCUGCUGGAGAGUUUUGCAACCAACUGGGCUCAGAGAGCCGCACAGGAUUUUCACAACCCCUCCUCCGCCGCGACUUCCUUGUUAGUUUUCCCAGCGUGUUUGUGUUUUGUUUUUUAAACGCCUGUUUGGAAAUGGCAGGGGCAGUGACGCCUGGAAAGAGAACAAGUGUGGGAAAAGGCAGAGGAAACCGGAGCUAAAUGACAGGAUGCUGGAGACUUGAGGAGAUACACACACGAAGCAGAGAAGCGCUUUGGUCACCGACGGAACUCUUGGUGCCGCCGCCGCCGCCGCCGGUUCUCCAGCUCCCGCUGCGCCGCAGCCCGGCCAGCUUUCUGAUCUUUUUCACCGGCCCUACCAGAGGAUUUUAGAUCUAAGAGGAAUUGUCUGCUGAGACGGGAUACUGUCUUUCUUUAGUCUCUUUCAUCAGUCCUUCCGUGCAGAGAAAGGAAGAUGGACUGGGAACUCUUCCUGCACUGGGUAGCCUUCAGCGUGACGCUUGGCGGGGCUUUGAAGAGUGAUAAAUGUGGUGAUAAUAUAAAAAUUGUAGAGCCUGGUUAUCUCACCUCUCCUGGCUAUCCUAAUACUUAUCAUCCAAGCCAAAAAUGUGAAUGGCUGAUUCAAGCUCCUCAACCAUACCAGAGAAUUAUGAUCAACUUCAAUCCUCACUUUGAUUUGGAGGACAGAGAGUGCAAGUACGAUUAUGUUGAAGUGAUUGAUGGUGACAACGCAAGUGGGAGAGUAUGGGGAAAGUUCUGUGGCAAGAUCGCCCCCCCUCCUGUGAUAUCGACAGGGCCGUACCUCUUAAUCAAGUUUGUGUCUGAUUAUGAAACUCAUGGAGCCGGCUUUUCCAUUCGCUAUGAAAUUUUCAAAAGAGGACCAGAAUGUUCCAGAAACUAUACAUCUAUGAGUGGGGUAAUCAAAUCUCCUGGAUUCCCUGAAAAAUAUCCCAAUAGCGUGGAAUGCACUUACUUUGUCUUUGCACCAAAGAUGUCAGAGAUUAUAUUGGAGUUUGAAAGCUUUGAACUGGAACCUGAUUCCAGUCCUCCAGGAGGAGUGUUCUGCCGCUAUGACCGAUUAGAAAUCUGGGAUGGAUUCCCUGAAGUUGGUCCUCAUAUAGGCCGAUACUGCGGGCAAAACACACCAGGCCGUGUCCGCUCUUCCACUGGUAUUCUUUCCAUGGUUUUCUACACUGACAGUGCAAUAGCAAAAGAAGGAUUCUCUGCAAACUACACUGUGUUGCAGAACGGUGUUUCAGAAGAUUUCCAGUGUGCUGAACCACUAGGCAUGGAAUCCGGAGAAAUCCAUUCUGACCAAAUCAGUGCCUCUUCCCAGUAUAGCACUAACUGGUCUUCUGAAAGGUCCCGAUUAAAUUACCCUGAAAAUGGGUGGACACCUGGAGAAGAUUCCAGCAGAGAAUGGAUACAGGUGGACUUGGGCCUUCUCCGCUUUGUAUCUGCUAUUGGGACCCAGGGAGCCAUAUCAAAAGAAACCCAAAAGAUGUAUUUUUUGAGAACAUACAGAGUGGACAUCAGCUCUAAUGGAGAAGACUGGAUUUCAGUUAAAGAUGGAAAUAAUAAACCAUUGGUGUUCAUCGGGAACACUGACCCUGUUGAGGUUGUUUACCGAACUUUUCCUAAGCCAGUAUUGACACGUUUUGUUCGAAUCAAGCCUGUAACCUGGGAAACUGGAAUAUCACUAAGAUUUGAAGUGUAUGGCUGUAAAAUUACAGAUUAUCCUUGCUCUGGAAUGCUGGGUAUGGUGUCUGGUCUUAUCACGGAUUCUCAGAUUACUGCAUCAAAUGAAUUUGAGCGAAACUGGAUCCCAGAAAAUGUCCGUCUUAUAACAAGCCGUGUAGGGUGGGCAUUACCACCUCCCACCACUCAUACAUAUUCAAAGGAAUGGCUCCAAAUAGACCUUGGUGAAGAAAAGAUAGUGCGGGGCAUAAUUGUCCAGGGAGGCAAACACAGAGAGAACAAGGUCUUCAUGAGAAAAUUCAAGAUUGGAUACAGCUACAAUGGAUCAGACUGGAAAUGGAUUGUGGAUGCCAGCAAAAAGAAGGCCAAGGUCUUUGAAGGCAACACCAACUAUGAUACCCCAGAGCUCCGCACAUUUCAGCCUAUAACGACCAGAUUUAUACGUGUCUAUCCUGAAAGAGCUACUCAUGCUGGAUUGGGGCUCAGGAUGGAACUACUGGGCUGUGAAAUUGAAGUACCUACGUCAGUCCCGACCACCUCUGACAGCAACCUUGUGGAUGAGUGUGACGAUGACCAAGCCAACUGCCACAGCGGAACAGGUGAUGACUUCCAGUUGACAGGCAGUACCACAGCCGUGAUAACAGAAAAGCCAACAUCAUUUGACACAACAAUACAGCCAGAGCUCCCAGCAUAUGGCUUCAACUGUGGAUUUGGCUACAGUUCUCAGAAAACAAUCUGCCGCUGGGAGGAUGAUGGCCAGCUAGAGCUGAGGUGGACAGUGCUCACGAGCAAAACGGGGCCCAUUCAAGACCACACAGGAGAUGGCAAUUUCAUUUACUCACAAGCUGAUGAAAACCAGAAAGGCAAAGUUGCACGGCUCAUCAGCCCCAUCAUCAACCCACAGAACUCUGCACUCUGCAUGACUUUCUGGUAUCAUAUGUCGGGUCCCCACGUUGGCACGCUAAGAAUCAAGCUGCGCUAUCGGACACCUAAGGAGUAUGAUCAGGUUUUGUGGAUGCUGAGUGGAGAUCAGGGGGACUUCUGGAAAGAAGGGCGGGUCCUUCUCCACAAAUCCGUGAAACAUUAUCAGGUGAUGGUGGAGGGAGAAAUUGGAAGAGGAAAUGGAGGAAUUGCAGUGGAUGACAUUAACUUUGACAACCGCAUAGCACCAGAAGAAUGCCGAAAGUCAAAUGAUGCAGAGAAUGAAAUAGACGAAGCUGAGCCAGAUAUUAAUCAAACAGGUUACACUCCCAAUUACCGUGAAAUUGGGAAGCCCUACAAUGACAACGUCUCCAGGAAGCCUGGCAACGUGCUGAAGACCCUCGACCCCAUUCUGAUCACCAUCAUCGCCAUGAGUGCGCUAGGGGUGCUCCUGGGGGCCAUCUGCGGUGUCAUUCUGUACUGCGCCUGUUGGCACAACGGGAUGUCCGAUAGGAACUUGUCUGCACUGGAAAACUACAAUUUCGAACUUGUGGAUGGUGUGAAAUUGAAAAAGGAUAAACUGAACACACAAAAUACUUACUCAGAGGCAUGAAGGUAUAGGAACAGCUAAAGAAGUUUCGGAGAAUUGAGAUGGAAGGACAUCUGUCUAGCUUAUGCUGGGGGACUGUGGAUCUUCUUUUACUGUACAGGCUGAAAACUGCGUUGAGGACGCUGAGCCAAGCUUUUCUCAGGAGCUUCAGUGAGUGUAACAGAUAUACUAAAACAUGGACAACAAUCUGUGUUAAACAAUCUGAAUCAUGUACAGUCUAUUUCUGUUUUCUCUCUUAAUUUGAAAUUAUCAAAUGCUGGUGUUGAGACCAAGUAUGAUUGACUUAAGAGGGGGUGUUACUUUUUUUAUGAUUUUUUUUCCCUUCCUUUCCUUUCCUUUCCUUUCCUUUCCUUUCCUUUCCUUUCCUUUCUUCCCUCCUUUCCUUCUCAGCUUUGUUUCCUUCUUCCCACCCACCCCCUACUUUGAUAAAUAACAUUUAUUUUUUACUGUGCAAAAAUCCAAGAUGCUGUCACAAAGUGUAUUUUGGUGGGGGUCCUUUGGAUGGACAUGCUGUCUGCAGCUCAGUGCCCGGAAAAGUAACCACAACUUAAUGGAUUCCUGAACCUGUAUUUGUGUAUAAUUGCUUGUGUUGUGCAUAGGCAAAGGAGGGUUAGGGUGUUUUUGAGGGGGGAAAGGGUACUGCAACGUCAGUACUGGUAUAGUGUGUCAGCCCUGUUUACCAAGCAAUACAGUCAGAAUUUUAUUGGUGUUUCUCAGUGUUGUACUAAACUUCGUGCUUGUGAAUUCCAUUCAAGAAAUAUGUGCCAUCAACCAGAAAGAACCGGCAAACUGCGCGUACUGCCUGGAACGGCAACAGAAACAAAGCAAAAAUCCUUGGCACUGGCUAGUGUAUGUCCUCUCAAGUGCCUUUUUGUUUGUACUGCUUCUCAUUGUGUUAACAUUCACUCCAGCUUUGUCUCUCUCCAGUUCAAGUCCUUGUCCUUAUUACUUCCCCGGAGGGCUCACUGACAAGAAAGUAUAUUUUAGUGUAAGUAAACCUUGGGAAGGCAAGGGCUAAAACAAUUGGACAACUUAGCAGCUUGAUCCUUCCACCUCCUGUAUUCCAAUUUUAUGUCUCUGGACCAUUUUUGUACAAAGUUGCAAUAUUUCCCCUCUUCCUCUUCCUUUUAUCGUUCUUUCAUAUAGAAUGUAUUUUCAAAUAUAAGUGCUCUCUUUCUCUCUUUUGCUCUCCCUCUCUUUUUCACUGAGUAGAUCGUUACAUAAGCAUUUGCCAUUGCCAAGGAAAGGAAAACUGCAGCUUUAAUUUGCUGGUAAUGGCAAAGAGGAUUUUAUUAGACUUUGUGUUUUGUUUUGUUGUUGUUUUGUUAAAGUAAGGGAAACUUCUUUACUCUCCAAAGUUGAACUUUGGGUUUCCUGUUAACAUCAUAAAGUAACAGUAUCCUUUUUUCUUCCUUUAGUAAGCCAUGAGAUAAGUCUGAAUUCUUUACACAGCAUUCAUAUUAAUUGAGAUGAGGAUUUUCUUGUUUCAAGCAAAGAACAUUCUUGCCAUUUACUAGCCCUGAUAUCUAAUUUAAAGGUGAUUAUCUCUAUGUAUAAGUCAUUCAUGCUAAUUAGGGUUACACCGAUGCUGCUACAAAUAGAUGGUGCUGUGCUGGCUUCUUCCAACAACAGGUUUGCUUUUUAAAAAGCAUAUAAAAUGCUAACCCUGAAGUGGAAUAAAAUAUGGCAGAAUGAAUCCCAGUAGCAUUCUUAGGGGAAGAAUGUUUCAAGCCAGAUUCUUACACGUGGGAAUUGGGCACCAGAUGCUUCUUUCAUUGGCUAAAACAGAGCCCUUGUCUCUACGAUUUUUGUAUUUCUUUUUCAUGUGCAUUUGAUUUAAUAUUGAAAAAGAAUGUCUACAUAAAUUACUUGAUAACUGAUGCAAUGCAUUUAGGAAUUGAAUUGUUCUCCAAAAGUCACAGAUAAGGUCUUAAAUUUCAGAAGGGGGCAAAUCAACACAUGGUAAUUUUGCCUCCUCAGGUCUGCAUUGUAAAUAUUUUGAUCAAAUGCACCCUUCCAUAGUCAGUUGAUGUAGCCACCAAAGAACAAAUUUCUGAAACCUAGGUUUUGUUCUGGUUGUUGUCAAUAUGAGUUAUCACCCAAAGAAGGAUGUUUUCAAUUUAAAUAUUCACCUUAAAAAUCCUUGGCAAAAAGAGCUUGCAAAUCAGAAUAUAGUUACCCCAACCUCCACUAUAAUUGGAACACUCUGGUUAAUUAUUCCAAAAAGAUCAAGCUCAAAUAAAUUUCUCCUGCCCUUGUUGCAUGUAAUAUUUAGUUGCAUCAUGUAAUUAUUGGUUCUUCCUUGGGGGCUGCUUGUCACACAGUCAUUUUAAGAUCUGUGAUUCAAAUGAAUGCAGAUAUCAUUUAAGAAGGAUAGAGUUCAUUACAAAGACAUGAGCUUGGCAAAAGUCCAGAAUCAAUGAGUCAAAUGCUUGGCUUUGAAAAAGGACUUGUUCACACACAUGCUUCUGCCUUCUACUAAGUCAGGCCGUUGGUUCAUCUAGCUGAGACCUGGCUAUGUCCCCAGGCCUCAAGGCAAGAAAGAGCCGUCCUAGCCUUCCUGUACAAGUUGCUUUUGCAACUAAAAGUGCUGAGAAAUUAAUCUGAAGCUGUUUGCCUGCAGUGUGUGUGCUUUACCCCUCAGCCACAACCUGUCCUUGAUUAUUCAACUGUUGCUGACUCUUAGUUAAAUCUAUGAACGGUCUCCAUCGAAGAGCAUUCUGCUGGAGUUGUCGCUGGAUAAUGUGAAAGUUUUAUCUGUGACAGCUAAUUCACAGAUGUAAGUAAUCAUAUUGUGGCACUACAAAACAAGUGAUUAGCAUGAUGUGCAAACUCCCCUCCAUCUCAGUGGAGUACAUUCUCUAAUAUCUAGUGCCAAAAAUACUGUGCUAGGAAUUGUAUAGAGACCAGAAGUGACAUGUUCACUUUCUAUCCAACACAGGAGUGGGAAUCCUUGACCCUCCAAGUUUUGUUGGACUGCAGCUCAUGUUAGCUGUAGCCAGCAGACGCUAUCGUAAGGGACGAUGGGUGUUGUAGUCUAACAAAUUCUGGAGGACCACAAGUUCCCCAACCCUGAUUGAGCAGUACUAAGCUAUGAAUGUGUACUCAUAAAAAAGCCCACUAUAUUCAGUGGGACUGAUGUCCAGAGAAGUGGGCACAAUGUUGCAACCACCUUGCAUGGAUCUUAACUGCAUAUGUGAAGAAAGUAACAUCGCAAGUAGCUCACAGAUGACAACUCGGAAUACAUAGGCAUAAAUAGGCUCUGCAUAUCUUCUCCCACAUUCCCAGCUGAAAGGAAAAACCCCAUUCCCAGAAGCCUAACUAAGUUUAUUUGAGAAACAUUUCAAUUUGUUUAAAUGGAUGUGGGGUUAGCAAUUUGUUUUGUUCUAGUUGGAACAGCAAAGGUUUUGGCUGAAAUCCACCAGACAUUGCUGCUAUGUAUUCUUCAUUUGUUUCAACAGAUGCCAACACCACAGAAACAAAUGGAGUUACCCAAGAGCAGUGCUUGGGCAUCCAAUCCUUUCUCCCUGUAUCGCUGUCCUAAAAUCUGCUAUGUGAACCAAUAAAUCCCUGUAGGAGGACAUGAUGUCAGGCCACAGUGAUAUCACGGAAAAAGCAAUGUUACAUGAAAAUUACCCAGUACAGGACGGAUGUAAUUCCAGCAUCGAUAUUUGAGUUUCGUGAGCCAGAGUGCUAUUCGUAUGAAUAGAACUAGGAAACCCCAUCAGUGUAGCUGCUUAGUCCUAGAAAAGAACAUUAACAACUCAAUUUCUUCAAACUAGAAUUGAAUGAAAUCUGCCCUUCAGCAAAGAAAAAAAAUGAUACUGCAACUUUAAAUGGAAAAAAUAUCUUGCACUGAUAAAUAUAUUUAAAAAUUAUAUGUUUAUAAAGUUAUUAAUUUGUAAAGGCAGUGUUACAAAAUGUUCAGUUUAUAUUGUUUUAGAUUGUUUCAUAAUUUUGAAAGUGUAAAAUAACAUAUUUUUUCUUUAUCAAAAAACUAUAAAAGUCUUCUGUAGUAAAAUGAUUUCAUUUUACUGGUAUAUUAUUGCUUCAUGUUUUGUAACAUCAUAAAAUUUUGUGCAAAUUUUUUUACAGAAAUUUUUUAUUUUCUAUGACAAUAUGACACUUUUAAAUUGUUAUUUCAAAAUGAACAGCAAAGCCUUAACUUUAAAUGACGUUUGUAUUCUCGGACACUGAGUAGCAUUAAAAAAAAAAGUAGGAUUGAAUUGUAAUUUAAAUUUCCAGACAAUGACUACUACAUUCCAAAGAAACAGUUGAAUUAAACAUUUUCAUAAAAUA